GUCAUUCCAUAUUGAAUAGCACCAUUUCGUUCCACAGUUUGUCAUCAUGAUCGAAAAUCAAAUUGCGCGCGUUCGGCCGGCAAACACUGCCUGAACAACUUUGUUGGAUAUUCUCCUUGUUUUGAUCUGAAGGUGUCGACAAACGUCGUUAAUCUUGAUUUUUCCCAAUCAUGGCUAUGUUUGCUCAAACUGCGUCUUCUUCUACAACAACUCAAGGUGUUGUCGAAGAAGAAGAUGGGGAUCUCGGACCUCAGAAAAUUUCGAAGCUUGUGAGUGCUGGCAUCAGUGCUGCGGAUUUAAAGAAAUUACAAGAAGCUGGUUACAACACCAUUGAAGGCCUUGCGUUUGCUCCGAAAAAACAUUUGAUUUCCAUCAAAGGCAUCAGUGAACAGAAGGCGGACAAAAUAUUGGCCGAGUCUUCUAAGCUUGUCCCAAUGGGCUUUACAACUGCCACUGAGUUCCAUCAAAAACGGUCUGAAAUCAUUCUUCUUACUACUGGCUCAGCUGAAUUGGACCGCCUUCUUGGUGGUGGAAUUGAAACAGGUUCAAUAACUGAACUGUUUGGUGAAUUUGGCACAGGAAAAACUCAGCUUUGUCACACACUUGCUGUUACUUGCCAGCUCCCUAUAGAUCAGAAUGGUGGAGAAGGUAAAUGUUUGUACAUUGACACUGAGAGCAAUUUCCGACCUGAAAGAUUAAUUGCUGUUGCGGAAAGGUACAAUUUGUCUUCUACUGAUGUGCUCGACAAUGUUGCUUUUGCCAGAGCUUACAAUACAGAUCAUCAGACCAAGUUACUUGUCAUGGCAUCAGCUAUGAUGGUUGAGUCCAGGUAUGCCCUUUUAAUCAUCGACUCUGCAACAGCUUUAUACCGAACUGACUAUUCUGGUCGAGGAGAACUAGCUGCUCGGCAGCAGCAUUUAGCUCAAUUUAUGAGAAUGCUUCUGCGUCUUGCUGAUGAGUUUGGUGUUGCUGUGGUAAUAACAAACCAAGUUGUUGCUCAAGUGGAUGGUGCAUCUCUCUUUGUCGCUGACCCCAAGAAGCCCAUUGGUGGCAAUGUUAUUGCUCAUGCCUCCACAACAAGGUUGUCUUUCCGAAAAGGACGUGGUGAAACCAGAAUCUGCAAGGUGUAUGACUCUCCCUGCUUACCGCAAAGUGAAGCUACCUUUGCCAUCAAUGCUGACGGUGUAGGUGAUGUCAAAGAAUAGGUGUUACUUUUUACUGUCUGAAUAAUAAUUUUUGUACAUUCUUAAGUUACAAAAAUUGUAACUAGACACUUCAAUUUGUGAUAAGCUAUUAACUUUACUCAAUUGAAGGCAUGAAAGUACAAUAUUUUUGCAUUUUCCAGUCUCUGAGCAAAUUGAAUAGCUUUCUCUCAGCUUUUCUUUUAUUUGAUGUGUUAUAUUUUUUGUGAUGUCUUAUAUAAUAUUAUAAUGUUAUUUCAUCUAUGAUUUAAUGAUUUUGAAAAUGGCAUUUGACAUUUUGGUUGUUCCAUGCGGUUUUGGUGCACCUAACUUUGUAUCCUUUCCCAUUAUAUUAUAAUUGACUCUUUACCAAAACUUCAG